AUGCACUUGGCAGUUAUACUGCUAUCGCUGAUCUCGUCUAGUUUUGCACAACUUUUCAAACCGUGCGGCUGUGAGAAGACAUUCAAACCUGUUUGCGGUACCGAUGGAAUUACAUAUGAUAACCUUUGCGCUUUAGAGUGUAAAUCGCAGUACGGUAAGCAUCUUUCAUUGAUUUAUUACGCUGUUUACUACUCUUUUAUUCCAAUUUUUCAUUUAUUUCUUUGA